UUUGAUUCUCUCUCUCUCACACACACACACACACACACUGUGAUGUCGCUCUCGCCGGACUCGAGCAAUAAGAACUAACGUUACAUACAGUCGGUGUGUAUCACUGAUGGUUUAAACCCAUCCCUGUCUCUGCGGAAGGAAACGAGGCUUCAUUGUGAAUAUUUUCACGGUAGACUGGAACGCCGACGCUGUGCCGCUCACCAGCUGCUCUCUCUCUCUCUCCCGCUCCCUCAAUCCUGGUGAAGUUUCAACUCUGUUGGAAACUUUUGGAGUCAUAGGCCACAAAAUGUUGAAUGCCAUUCUUUCUUCUUGAAGUGAUUUCAUUACUACUAUAUUGGAUGCAGCUUAAAAAGCAGAAAAGGAAGAAAUAUGCUUUCUCCUGCCCCAGUGGAUUAACCUAAUCGUGCAGAGAUGAAAGUGUGAAUUGGUUUGAAAAGCUGUCUUGUUCAGAGACGAAUACGUGUGGAUAUAAGAAAGAAAUUAAAAAAAAGUUGGAGUUUGUGCCAUCAUCUCCGGGUGGCCUAGUUGGUCAAGAUGACGAGUUUAUUUGGGCGGAGCAGCAAUGGCGGAUCUCGCGGAGGAGGGGGAGCAGGUGGAGGAGGUGGGGGAUCGGACACAGGAGAACUGAACAACAGUAGGCCUAACCGACAGGUUCGCCGGCUGGAGUUCAACCAGGCCAUGGAAGACUUUAAGACCAUGUUUCCAAGCAUGGACUAUGAGGUGAUCGAGUGUGUGCUGCGCUCAAACAAAGGGGCUGUAGAUGCCACCAUUGACCAGCUUCUACAGAUGAGCAUCGAUGACAAUGGUUCAGAUGACAGCUCGGACUCUGAUGACAGCAUACCUCCCGAGAUUCUGGAGAGGACCCUCGAACCAGACAGCUCAGACGAAGAGCCACCUCCAGUCUACUCUCCACCCACAUAUGACAUGCACAUAUAUGACAGGAAAUAUCCCAAUGCCCCGCCCACACCACCCCCUAGAUUUGAACCGCAGCCCUCUGCUGGACAGCAGCACACACGGAGUUACAGGAACUGGAACCCACCGUUACUUGGCAACCUGCCUGAUGACUUCCUUCGAAUCUUGCCCCAACAGGCAGACAGUAUAAAGAGCUCUCAAAGCAGCAUGGAUAAACCAUCGUCCUCCCUGGCAUCGUUGGGUCAGCAGGCUACCAGUGUUGCUACAGUAUCUGAGCAGGAACGCAAAUCCAAACAGUACCUGGAAGAUGAGCGCAUCGCUCUCUUUCUCCAGAACGAGGAGUUCAUGAAGGAGCUGCAGCGCAAUCGCGAGUUUCUCGUCGCACUGGAACGAGAUCGCCUAAAAUAUGAAUCAAAGAAAUCUAAGUCAGCUGGUAACUCCACAGGUAACCACUACACCCCUGGAUCAUUUGAGGCAUGCACAGUAGUAUCAGAUGACGCUCAGUUCAGAGACAAACUGAAGCACAUGGGAAAAUCAACCAGGAAGAAACUAUUUGAGAUUGCCAAAGGGUUUUCAGAGAAGACAAAACGAAGGAAGGCUAAAAGGAGGACCCUCCUGCGACAUCAGUCACUGGGCACUGCCAACUCCACUGCCAAUCUACUGGAUGAUGUAGAAGGAAACCCAUGUGAGGAGGAGAGUCAGCUUAGAAGACUGGUCAUGCAGGAAGAGGACCGGCCCCGCAGGGAAGCUCUGUCAUGAUCCUUCUUGUCACAUGGUGUAAAGUGUCCAUGGAGAAAGCAGAGUAACACUCAGCAGACUGCUUCUGUGACUUCAUGAUGACGGUGCGAGUCAGUCAUCCCCAGCUCCACCCACGCAGUCUUUACUCAAACAAGUUUCUUUAGUCACAGGAAAAGACUAGAAUUCUAAAGCAGCAUUGUAACCAGACUAUGAUUAUUAUCUGAAAUAUAUUAACUGUAUAGUAACUCUUUGUUAAUAUAUGAUUUCAUAUGUAAAACUUAUCAAAUUCAGUAUUAAUACCGUCUUCCCCUGUAUGAUGGUUAAAAAAAUCUGUUUGUGCUAGCUGCUUUUUAUGUGUUCCUUCUUUGAUUAUUUAUGGUUUAAGAUAAAUCUGGCUUAUUACAUAUAAUUUUUAUAUCUUUGCAAAAUAUUUAUAUUUCUUCAAUCAUACAGGUUGAAUAACCUGAUGGUUAUGUAACAUUUGAAGGUUUUCUAUGAUCUCCAAGAAUCCAGUCCUUUAAUUAUACAAACUUUGCCACACUUGCUUAUGUUAUCUAUUUGUAGUAGCACCAGAAUGCCUUUUGACUACAAUAUACCAAGGCAUAAAGGUUCGAUUUAAAUGUUUUGAGAUGAUGAUAUGCCUGUCAAGUCAGAACGAAUAGCCAAUUCAGCCUGUGUAAGUGCCCUUUUAUUCAGUAGGCAAAACUUGUCCAUGUCCAAGUUUCUCUACAUGUCCAGAGCCGAAGCAAAGUCUUGCAUAGUCAAAUUAUGCUGUUACAGUACAAUGCUUAAAUAAUUCUUAUUUAUAAGAAUGAAAGGUCAGAGUUUUUCACAUGAACGUUGGAAAUGGCCACAAUCUGUGAAUGGACUUCCUACUUGCACUGCCACUUGCUUUUCAAUUUGUAGUUUGAAGUUUUUCUACAGGAAAGCUAACAUUAAAAAGCCAGUAUUAAUAUGAUUUUAGUCAGUAAUGCUUUUUCUAGACUGCUGUGUUUAGGAUCACCACAUGAUUAUUUUCAUGAGUUAGGUGGACAGAACAAAAUGUACCUUUAUUUGGUGUAUAGUGUUGCUAAUAUUUGAUGCGAUACUUCUAAUUUCUAAUUCUGUGUGUUUCAAGCAGGCGGCAUGGUGGUAUAGUGGUUAGUACUGUAAUCUCACACCUCCAGGGUCCCCCCCUUCAAGUCUGUGCGCGGAGUUUGCAUGUUCUCCCUGUGUUUGUUGUGUUUUUUCCGGGUACUCCGGUUUCCUCCCACAAACCAAAGACAUGCAGAUUAGGCUAUUUGUUAUUUUUCCCAUAGUGUGUGAGUGUGUGCAUGCUUGUGCCCUGCGAUGGAUUGGCACACUGUCCAGGGUGUACCCAACUUGGUGCCCUGAGUCCCCUGAGAUAGGAUGCAGGCCUCCAACAACUCUGUACAUGAUGAGCAUUGUUGAGAGUGAGUGAGCGAAAAAAUAUGUGUUUUAAGCAGUGUGAUUUUAUUUUAAGGGAAGAUAAAUAAAAUGUGAACUUCCACACUUAUUUUGCAUUUUAUGUGACGCUUGCAUAACAGGUUCUAUUUUUUUUUAUUGAAAUUCUAUGAGUAACAUUGCAGGAAUGCAAUAAUUUUAUGUUCAUGCUAUUAUGCAAUGGAUUCUUAGUAAAUGUAACAAAAUGUAUCUCUUGGGUUUUUAAGCAAAAUACAUUUUUCUAAACACUGCUUGAACAUUUGCAUUGUAUUAUUAUUAUUGGAUCAAGAUAACAGGUUUCUCCAUCUCCAGCCAUAAGAGGGCCAGGACGGGCCAGCAGUUUAAUUGUUCUUUACACUCCCAGAUUUUGUUCUUUUUUACUUAUUUUUAAAAAGGGAAAUAUUAAAUGAGAAACAUUUAUUGGUUAUUAUUGUUGUUUGGUUAGGCAUACUUCAGUUAUAAAUAUUUCUUUAAAAAGGUGUUUCAAUAUUUCAGAAGUCUGGUAUUUUCAAUGCAGACCACCCUUUUUUAAAAACUGUAGCAUUAUACUUUUACUUCACAAUGUGUGACCCUAAAUUCACAUCAUUUCAGUUCAUCUCCCAUGUGAUCUGUAACACAUUUAAUCUCUCAGGGAACUUGCUCUCAUUUAAUCGUUUUGGUACAAGCACAGCAUGAAAGCAUACAAAUUAAUAGUAAAAACAGAAAAUACAAAGCCUAAUGUAGCACAGUGAGAUAUGCUUCAUAAUGCAAUAAAAACUGUUAACCAAAAGAUUUUUCUAAAAUAUCUCAGUAUUUAAUAGUUCCUUUGUCCUCAGAGAUGUUAGUUUCCUUUUCUCUUUGGUAUGAUUUUUUCUAGUCAUGCCUAAAUUCUUACCAAGGUUAACUUUUGUUCUUCAUAAAGAGUGAAGUUAGGCUUAACUUACUUUGAAGGGUGGUGAAAAUUGUGUAGUACAGUGUUUAAUUUUGAUCAAAUUGGAUGGAAUAUUUUCUUAAUGUUAAACUAGGUUAGUAAAUUAAACUUGUAACAUAGAUAUUAUUAUUAUUAUUAUGGGAGAUAUUAUCUUUCUAUGACUGACUGUAUUUGCUCCAUUAAUGAUUGUAAUGGUUCUGUAUUUCAUCCUACUCUCAACAUUGUCUUCACUUUUCUUAUAGUCCUGUUGCGUUUAUUAGUUAUUUAAAAGGAAUAAAA